GUAGCUGCAGCGGCCGCACGAUGCGGGCGGUCAUCGCGCUGGUGGCCCUGCUUGGCAGCCUGCUGCUCUUCGUCUGCCUGCUUUGGCUCACGGCUGACGGGUCCCUGCGCGCCAGGAGCUGGGAGAAGGAGGCAACGGCGGACACGCCCCAAGCCCGCAGGAAGCUCCGGUCCCCUCUCGCAUCGGUGCAGCCGGCUCCCGGGAGACGGAACAGAACAGCUCAUAAUAAAAAUGGAAUUUACUCACAUGACCCGGCCUUGAAAUGUAAGGAGAUUCAAGACAACAUUUUGUCUUCAUCUAUCAAGAAGAAAAGGUAUUCUGAAAAUUAUUACCUUCAGAUAGUCACAAAACUACAGCACUGCGCAUGGAAAAGGAGGCCAGAAGAAUAUGAAAAAUUUAGGUCAGAACUCGCUUCCUGCUGUGACGCUGCUCACAACUUCAUUGCUUCUCAAAACAAUACCCCACUGGGAAGUAACUUGAGUUAUGAAGUGGACCAUAAAAAGGUUAUCCAUAUCACAGAAGACAUUUUUAGGAUGCUGCCUGCGUCCCCUCCCUUUCUAAGCUACCCCUUCAAGCACUGUGCAGUGGUUGGAAAUGGGGGCAUUCUGAAAAACUCCAGCUGUGGCACUGAAAUUGAUAAUUCUGACUUUGUAUUCAGGUGUAACCUUCCUCCAACCACAGGAAGCAUUAGCAAAGAUGUUGGCAAUAAAACAAAUCUUGUGACUGUUAAUCCAAGCAUCAUUGCACAGAAAUACAAGAAACUGAAAGCAAAGAAGAUGACAUUUCUGCAGAACAUUGCAGUUUAUGGAGAUGCUUUUCUUUUAUUGCCAGCAUUUUCCUUCAGAAGCAACACAGCUGCUUCUUUUAAAGUAUACCAUACUCUUCAUGAGUUCGGAGCAAAACAGAGGGCAAUAUUUUUUCAUCCAAGGUACCUGAAAAGCCUUGCCCGGUUCUGGAGAACUAAGGGCGUGAAAGCAUAUCGAUUGUCUUCUGGUUUUAUGAUCACUAGUGCUGCUGUUGAGCUGUGUGAAAAUGUGAAGUUAUAUGGCUUCUGGCCUUUCUCAAAAAACAUAGAGGAAGUGCCAAUCAGCCAUCACUAUUAUGACAACCAGCUGCCUAAACCAGGUUUCCAUGCAAUGCCUAAAGAAUACAACCAAAUUCUCAAGCUUCAUGGGAAGGGUAUUUUGAAGCUGCAGUUUGGUCAAUGUGAAUGAGACUUAUCAGAAUCCUGAAGAAAAGACAUAGGAAUGAGUAGUACUGAUGACUAUGGAAGGAUAUUCUCCUUAAAUACAAGAUUGCUGGCUUUUUAUCCUUUUUCUUCAGUGCCUAACAGGGACAGAUUCCUCACAGCAAGGCUGUAAGGAAGCAGCCUGCCAGGCUUCUCAGCUCUUUCACUAAAUUAUGGGUGAGUUUCUUAAAAAUACCCCCGUCUUUUCUUAAAGCACUUUUUAAACUGAAUCAUUUAGGUGCAGGGACAGAAGUGAAUCUGGGGGGGAGAUCAAGUUGCAGGAUCUGUUCUUUUGAAAGCCAGCUAACUGAUUGUACAUUUCAGGUAGCUAGGCAUAUUGGUGAUAUUAAUUAUGCCCACAGACAGUUGCAAAAAAAAUGACAGAUGCCAAUCACCUCAACUGGGGCAGGUCAAGGAGUUAGCAGGAUUUUACGGACCAUUUCUAUUUUCAUGUUAGUUUAUUUGAUGGAUUGAUUCAAGUCAAGUGCAGUAAAUAAAAUAGGGAGAUUCUAGAAAUGAGUAUUAUUUAAAUUCAUUUUUAUUCUGUUUCCUUUGUAGGUGAAUAACAUAGCAGUUAUGGCACAUUUUUGAGCUGUUAUAACUGCAUUCCAUGAACAUAACACCAAAUAAUGCUGAUAGUGUAAGCUCUGCAACUGUUAUUUUAAAAAGGUCUCUUUAAAAAUCUACAUUCACUAAAUCUGUUUAUGCUUUCAAAUAUAAACUUGAUAUUGUCUGCUCCCACCUGUGUUUAGGAUGUGCACAGUAAACUGUAUAAACGUCUUUGCAGGAUUUAGGAGGCAUGCAGUGCCACUGUAUUUUUAUUGCAAUGCAUUUUCUGUGUUUUUAUUGCAGAAAACCCAGAUGAAGAUGUAUUAUUGAGAUAUUGAUUAGCUUAUUUAAUUUAUAUUUUGUUUUAUGUUUUUAAGUGCCUACUGAUUUAAUGUAAAAGGAUGCAUGGUUUCAUUGUUCUGAUGCAUACUUAGGACACUGCACCUGUUACAAGUUCUGUAAUGGAAUAUUUUUGCAAACUCUGUUUGGAAAUAAAAACUUAUUAGAC